AUGAAGUCAAUGGGGCUACUUGGGUCGUUGUGGGAUGCAGUUAUGGUAAAUCGGGGUACGCAAUGUGGUUCUAGCGUUCACUACGGCAUAUCCCCUGUUAAGUCUAUACUCAAACACGCACCCUACAUGCCAGUGAUACCUUUCACCUCGAGAUUGAUGUGUCCUUCCUUGCGAGCUAUAUGGACAGCGUCGGGGUCUGCCAAUUUAUGGACCAAGGAUCGGACGAUGAAUAGCGGCCUACGGCGGUAUCUAGCCGCCACGUUAGCUCCCACGCGCUCACAGCAAGCACAGCGGCGGUGGUAUAUGCCGCCUGUGAACAAAAACCCCGAGGAGUUCUCGCCGUAUGUUGAAAUCGAUUUACCCACCAACACGCGCAUUGAGGUGAUUCGUCGCUCCGGGCUGGCCAAUCAGGACUGGAUCGUAACGGAGAAGGUUCACGGCACGAACUUCGGUAUUUACCUCAUUGACGAGACGACGGUGCGGUUUGCAAAGCGCAGCGGCAUUAUGGACCCGAACGAAAACUUUUUCGGUUAUCACAUCCUCGCCGACGAGAUGACAACGCAGAUUCGCAUACUAGCGGAGUUGAUUAAGCAAAAGUACGGCGUUGGGCGUAUCGGACGCCUAAUCAUGAAUGGGGAACUCUUUGGUGCGAAGUACAAACACCCACUCGUUCCAAAGAGCACAAAGUGGUGUACCAUGCCAAACGGCAAACGGUUCCCCAUCUCCGGUGUGGAAAUACAGCGCGAGCCCUUUCCACAAUACAGCCCGGAGCUGCACUUUUUUGCUUUUGAUAUCAAAUACUCCGUAUCUGGAGCGGAGCAGGAUUUUGUGCUGCUCGGCUAUGACGAUUUCGUUGAGAUUUGCUCGAGGGUACCUAAUCUAUUAUAUGCCAAGGCGCUUGUGCGUGGCACGCUGGAUCAUUGUUUAGCCUUUGACGUCGAAAACUUCAAAACACCGCUCCCGGCGCUUCUUGGACUGGGGAAUUACCCUUUGGAGGGGAAUCUUGCGGAGGGUGUGGUCAUACGGCAUUGCAAGCGUGGCGACCCCUCAGUCGAGAUGCACAAUGUGGCCACGAUCAUCAAACUCCGAUGCUCCAGUUUUAUGGAAUUAAAGCAUCCUGGAAAGCAGCAAGAGCUCAAAGAGACCUUUUUUGAUACCGUACGGGCGGGCGCGCUGCGUCGAGUCAAGGGCAACCUAACCGUCAUCGUGGAGUCUAUGCUGCCUCAGGUCGAGGCCGCAGCGAAUGAGCUACUGCUUAACCACAUUAGCGAGGGACGACUCAACAACGUGUUUUCCAAGAUCGGUCGUGAACCACUUCUUCGAGGGGAUGUGACGCCGGACGGACUGGCUGUGAUGCUCGCCAAGGAUGCGGUUAAGGACUUUCUGAAGGACUGUGAUGAAUUGGUUCUGAACACCUCCCUGGAAUUCCGCAAGACUCUCAUACGAAGCGCCUACUGGGCUGCAAAGGAGCUGGUCGCGAACAGCUGGAGCUCGCUGCUGGGGCCCGAAGACGAGGGGGCGCAAGCAGAGCUUGACGAUGGGGAGUGA